AUGAAGAUGAGGAUAAUGAUGAUGCUGGUGACAGAGAACAUAAUCUCAAAGCAGACGUUUGAAGAAGCGAGAACGUUACCUCACACCUUCAACACUWCGGGGUCAAAGUUCGCUACCUCUGUGCCCCAGCGGCCAUCAGCCCACCUGACCCUCAGAGACAGCAGCACUCAAGGGUCUCCCGUGUAUCCCACCCCCCAGCCCGACCUCCACCAAUCAUGUCGCCACCCAGUCCGCUCGUGGACCAAUCAGAGCUUCGGAGCCCACCUUCACAACAUGACCUUAGCCGAUGGGAGGCUGCGUGUGCCCCAGGAUGGGCGUUACUACAUGUACUCUCAGGUCUACUUCCGCUACCCAUCGCCCAGUGAAGGGGAUCAGCCAACAGCCAGUCACCAGCUGGUCCAGUGUGUCUACAAGAAGACGUCCUACCUGCGGCCCAUCCAGCUGUUGAAGGGCGUAGGCACUAAGUGUUGGGCCCCAGAGGCAGAGUACGCCCUCCACUCUGUCUACCAGGGAGGGCUGUUUGAGCUGAGGGCCGGGGAUGAGCUCUUUGUCUCUGUCUCUUCCCCCACCAUGGUUCAUGCAGAGGAGUCAUCAAGUUAUUUUGGGGCGUUCCGUUUGGAUCUGUAAAGAUGGAUGGAGGGGGAGAUGGAGGAGAGAGAGAGGGGAGACCACUGCCAGAAGAGGGUAUGGGGUGGGAUGAAAAGGAGAGGGUGAGGAACGGAGGCAGGGUGAGGACACUGCCAGAGUGAGGAAUUAGGGGGUGAAAGGAGGGAUUAGAGGAGGGAAGGGUGAGACCCCAAGGACUAACUCCCCCAUUCUUUCCAAAGUGAAUUGUAAAUAUAUCUGUAGAUUCUACAUGUGAAGGAGGGAGUUAUGAACCUGAAAACAUUGGAUGGACACAGAGGAUCAAAAGGACAGAAGAAUGUAUUCAUUUAUAAUUCACAUCAUAUAAUGUGCAACUGUGGAACUAUGGAGCAGAAAAAAAGGACAAAGACAUGUAUGUGAUGAUGUGAUAGCCAAGACUGGUGCAGUAUGCUGGCUUUAUCUGUGUCAUUUAUACAUACAUUACAUACUGACUGUAUAGAAAGGAGUUGAGCACAGAACUAGAAUGAGUUAUAUUCUAAUCAUUCUAUUUCUGUGAAGUUGACUGUCUGUUCCAAGGGUUCUAACUGGACAUUCGGCAGUUUGGGAAAUUAGAAAAAAAUACUAAUAUGUUGUAUACAAGACCAUUUAGAGAAAGAAGAAGAGUGGAUGACUUUUCCUCGUACAUCGUUGAGGACUUUUAAACUUUGGAAGAGGACUCUGUUUCGUUGUUGUUUAAACGACAUUGGACACUGUUGAACACAGUUAUGGAUUGAAUAAAGGAGAAGAAGAGGAGGAUAAGGAAAGGGCAGAGGAAUUGAACAGACAGUACGAAGAAAGGACAUAUAGAGAGAGGGCGAAAGAGGGGUAUGCGGCCCUACCAGUGUCUUAAGUAAAGUGUGUCUCUCUUGCUCUUGUGCUCUUUCUUUCUCUCUUGCUCUCUCUCUCUCUCUGAAAUCUCUCUCUCUCUCUCUCUCUCUGGAAUCUCGCUGGUCUCCACCUGUCUGUCCAGUGUAACCUGUGGAACAGCAUACUGAUGCCGGGAAACACAUACACACAACACACACACACACACACACACAC